AUGGAAUUCACAGGGAGUAACUUCCUGCGGUUCAGACUAGCUUUGAGCAUGAUCAGCGGGAAAGCCAUAACCAUUAAAAAUAUUAGGACAAGGAAAAAACAAAAAACAUCCGGGACAGAUGACCACCAGGGUGAUGGAGUGGAGAAGGAAGGUCUGCGGGAGUACGAAGCCAAGCUGCUAAAGCUGAUCGACAAGUUAUGUGACGAUACAACGAUUAAGAUCAAUGAGGAAGGAGAUGAGUUAUAUUUCAAACCAGGAUUUUUAAUGGGGAAUGUAAAUGAUGAAGUGAGGAUAAGUGAUUUAGACAAUACUUUUCACUGUGGAAAAGAAAGAAGCAUCACAUACUUUCUUGAGUUCCUCCUUAUGGUAACUCCAUUUUUUAAAAACCCCGUCAAAUUGACAUUAAAAGGAAUAACCGAUGAUUCUAUUGAUACAAGUGUUCAUACAUGUAAAGUUGUGAGCGAACACUUUUUUAAAAAUAUUUUAAAAUUGGACGAUUAUUUUUUAAAUAUUAAAAUUGUAAAAAGAGGAAUAAAGUCUGACUGUUCAGGUGAAGUUUUGUUUUUUAUGGACAACCUCAAGACAGUAGAACCGUUGGAUAUGAAUGAUCCUGGAGUGGUUAAAAAAAUAACGGGGACAAUUGUUUGCAAUAAAAUAUCUCCUGUGUUUAGAAACAAGUUGAUGAAUUUCGCUAAGAAGAAUUUGCUCAACUUUACUCCAUAUGUCAGCAUAGAAGUGGAGGAUGCCAAGGUUAAAAAUUUCAAUUCGCAAAAUCAUUUUAUUUCGUUUUCCUUGUUUGCCCAUACGAAGAAUAAGUGCAUGUAUGCCACGGACCUGUGCGUAGACGAGUUUUUCUUGAGGCACGCCCGUGGCGUUCUAUGCAGCGGGGGGGGAAGCGGCGAGAUGGAUGAUCAAGACGAAUCAAUGAGUGAGGAAGCAACGGACGACGAAGAAACAAACAAACCCCAGAGGAGCAGCCGCACCGCCGAGUUAGACAAACAGAAUAAAACCCUGCAUGAUGCGGACAUAUACGAGCGGCUGGGAUUUUUUAUAGCCCUUAAGAUGAUGAACGAAAUAAAAGGGCUUCCCUCGGUCGAUUCCAACUACCAGUGGCUGCCCCUCUUGUACAUGGCCCUGGGAAAUGACUUGGCUGUUUCAAAAAUUUCCUUGAGCAUUGUAAAGCCGUAUUCCAUUGCGCUAAUUAGAUUGCUGAGGGACUUUUUCAGCGUCGUGUUUGACAUUAAGAAAGUUGAAAAAUCCCCAGUGGACCACUCCUACCUGAUCAAGUGUGUGGGCAUAGGCUAUCGCAACAUUUCGAAGAAAACCUUUUAG